CUCAGUUUCCGCUAGCAACACUGAGAAGAGGAUAACAGAGCACGACCAUUCCUAAAAAUGGCAGCCAUAGAGGAAAUAAUUGAAGGAGCUGAAGAGUCUAUUGAAGCUGCUGGAGAAGAAGUUGAAGGAAUGCCAGAAGAACUCAGAGAAGAAAUAGAACUUGAAGUGGCUCAAGCCCGCAGUGAGGUUGUAGAGUUUUCCAGAGUCGCUGAGACUUUGAGAGCCUUUUCUGAAUUUGCCAGAACAAACAUACCGAAGGUUGCAAAAUUCAUCGGGGAAACCGUAGCGAUUGGUGUUAUCUUGUGGGCAGUAAAUGUAUGUCUCGACAAAUUAUUCAACCACCGAAAGCCAGAGGUGAAGAAGAGACGUGAUGCAAUUAAGGCACUCACCAGUGUGAUCAAGACUCAAACCGACUUAGGGAAUAAGACCAUGGAGUGGAUGAAGGAGCACAAAGAUGAAAUCAUUACCCUGGAGGGGAUUGAGGUGCCAUUGGAAGCGACCAUUGCAAAAUACAUCACACCAGUAUCUGAGGCUGUUACUAGAGCCUUCAAGACAGCAGCAAGUCUGCAGUACGAGUUGGAUGGAAAAGUUCAGUACAACAUCCCAACUGGAGAAGACAUGAGAGAAUUCCUCACAGCUGGUGAUGCAUUUCUCAAAGGCUUCAGUGAUCUGGUUGCCUUCAACUGCAAAACUGUGCAGAAGAUUAAACAGCUGGCAAGUUUUCCAGUGAAACAGGCGGACGUCGACCUUCUCGCAGCUCAGAUGAAAGCUGCCAAGGCCUUACCUUUGUGGUAAAGAAACGAGAUACCUUGAUUUUUGAUUACAAGAGACGCAAGUCAGAAAGGUCAGUUUGAAGUCGAGCGAUGACUGUAGUGUUUGGUUUCUGGCUUCUAGUUGUUAAAAAAAAAAAAGCUUAUAGGACAUUGAGGUUUUACAUGUUGCAGAGUUGUGUUUCAAGCCGAUAUAUAGUGGUUACCUCCUGCAGCCAUCUUUUAUUCUUCUCAUCUUUUCCUAUGCACAGUGGAGAUUCUAGGUUUUAUUUUUAGGGGGGGCCAAUAGGGGACCAGUGCUGUAUUUUGGGGGGCCACCCAAUUACCGCGUUAUUCGUAGAUGUAGCCUACAGCAAUUUCUCGGGAAGUGUUCUUUACUUGUACUCACAUUGUAUUACCAAACAUAGACCUAACCUGAUUAAAUAGAUCUAGCAAAAUAAACACGAUCUGGAAAAGGUUUCUGGUCAGAACAUACUUGUAAAAUAUGGAAUGUAUAUGGAAUUUUUCAAAAGCAAUGGCUCAAGGUAGAUUAAAAUGAUACACACUCUUUUAUAUUAACAAUGUUGCUCUUCAUUUGCUCUGAGGAAUGUCUGUCUGUCCUGCUCUGGUGCUGAUGAUGGGCUCCAGCUGCUGGACUGGUCCUGCUUUGGAUGCCUGUCCUCAGAACUGUCCCCCUGAACCUGUCUGGGUUCACUUGUCUGACCCUCACAUGGCUUCUUCUUCACUCUAUUCAGGACUUUUGGGGUCUUUUGGACCCCAGGCCAUUUAUUUUAGGUGGC